GUUUAUCAUUUACAAUUUCAGUCACAUGACUUAAUCAUGGCGGAUGCAACCCUAGCGCAAAGCAAAACAUAAACAUGAUAGAUUUGACAUUUUAUGUUUCUGAUUAACGUCUACCAAGAGUGUACGAAAUAGUUCGGUUUUUGAACAGCUAAACGAUGUCUCUCCAAGCUUCCGAUAUUGCUGACGAAUUAGUCGUUCCUCAAGACGAAGAAGAAGUUGGAUUGUUGACGGGAAGAAAGGGGAAAGAUGCACCCGCAGUUAUCAAAGGGUCCUCCUGGUUUUCCUCCGCAUUCCUGGUGGUGAAUGCAGCCUUGGGGGCGGGGCUGCUCAACUUCCCCCAGGCUUAUGACCAGGCCGGGGGGGUGCUCAUUGCCAUUGUCAUACAGACAAUAAUGAUGACAUUUGUUGUGAUGGCCAUCUUCAUUCUGGCAUACAUCUCGGACCUGAAUCACAGCGCCACCUAUCAGGAUGUUGUGUUGUCGGUGUGUGGAAGGAAGGCACAAAUAGCGUCCGCCUUCGCAUUACUUAUCUACUGUUUUGGGACAUGCAUCACUUUCCUGAUCAUCAUAGGCGACCAGUGGGAGGAAUUUUUCCUUUUCGUGGCCAAGAACGUAUACUGUGAUGAGCAGCCAAUCUACAUGAACAGAAGUUUCUGCGUUAUCGUGACCUCGAUCCUUCUCAUCCUCCCCCUCUGUUUCCCCCGGAGGAUCGACUUUCUCAAGUAUGCCAGUUUUGUUGGCGUAGUUGGGAUUGUUUAUGUUGUUGUCAUGGUUACCGUGAAGUAUUUUCUCCCUCACGAUCCACCACAGCGUGUAAAGACAACGCCCGAUUCAUGGAUGGAUGUGUUCCUUGUUGUGCCAACAAUAUGUUUUGCAUACCAGUGCCAUGUCAGUAUAAUCCCUAUAUACUCCUGCAUGGAGAAGAGAAAUGUGAAGGAGUUCACUAAGACCAUCUCUGUGGCGAUGUUUCUCUGCGUGAUCAGUUACACAGUGACGGCGGCGCUAGGAUAUCUCCAGUUUGGUCAAAGUGUCACCAGCGACAUAUUGCUCUCUUUCAAGCCUGAUAUACCUGUGAUUAUUGCGGUCGUGUUUAUAGCCAUUAAGACCUACACAACAUACCCAAUUCUGCUGUUUUGUGGAAGGGCAGCAUUUGAAUCUAUCUGGAUCAGUGCAAGAAGAAUGGCUCCAGAAGAUAUUGCUCAAGGGGAGAGAAUGAGACGCAUCAUUACGACUGUCAUCUGGUUUGGGUUGACAGUAGUGCUUGCUGUGUUAAUACCCAACAUUGGAGUGGUUAUACAGAUGCUCGGAGCUCUAGCUGCGGUCUUCAUCUUUAUAUUCCCAGGAAUGUGCCUGUUAAAGACUUCUCUCAACCGACUAGCAGACUCUACAUCCAUUGAAGAUCAGCGAAAGUACAAGUUUUUUCUGUACUUUUCCUGCUUUUUUAUAAUCUUGGGAGCAUUCAUUUUUGGCCUGACCUUGACCCAGGCUAUAUUGAAGGAUGCAACCCCUGGUGGCAUAAAGCCUGACAAGUCAAAGUUCACGUGUUGACCUUCAGAGGUCACUGGCCUUCUUAUUCAAGUUCCAUCAGCAACGGAGCGAUUUGCAGCCAAUCAGCUGUCCUGAUCAACUACUUAAUCCCAUCCGUCGUUGUGGCUGUUUGUGUCGAAGACUUUAUACAGUGGCGUAAAAUGUGUGAAGCCCAUUUCAGGUGUCCACGAUGUGAUAUUACUGGAAUUUUGCUAAAAGCAGCGUAGAACCAUACUCACUCACUCACUCACUUAUACAGUGGCAAUCAUGUUGUCUUGUUGGACAAGUAUUGUAUUUACACAAGGAGAAAUGCUUUGACCCAUCAACCUGCCAUUAGUGCUAAUUUUUUACCAAAAAUAAAUGGCCCUCCCCAAUUCACGCAUGGGAGAUUUGCCAAAAUGGUCAUGUGACAAAGUAAGAUAUUUUGUAUAGUGUAGUUUGUGUUAAAUGCAAGAAAUGAACAAACUAGCUAUGCAAUAAAUAUUGGGUUGGGGGAUGGGUUGAUAUUGAUGGCAAAUCAUUUAAGGAACCGCACUUUGCUGUGUAGAGUUUCAUCCCAAAGACGUGUCCGAAAUCUAUGAUCAUGGAAUCAAAUCCGAUUUGCUCAUUUUGUUACUAGGUUUGUCGGCACCAUGUCUGCCGGAGGGUUUGACCAAAAGUCUGAGACCUGCAUCUCUUCCGGCUUUCCUAUCACAUCAAUAUGAGACGUAAAGAUGUAACCAAAAUACUGUUGAAAAGGGUGUUAAACCAAUCUCUCACUCACUCACUCACUCACUCACUCACUCGAUGUUGAACACAUGGAGUUCCCUGGUACAAGUAACACUUUCAUCAUUGAUCUCAAUGUCAUGAACAUAGAUGUGGUCGAGAUUACCAUGGUAACGAAUAACAAACACAAUUCUUUCAGAGAAAAAUGUGUAGGAUUUUGUAUUCACAAUUUUGUAGAGAUAUUUAUUCUUAAUGCAUUGCAAAUGUUAGUAGGGUCAUAGUAUGUACUGCUGUAGCUUUAGGCCUAAUGUAGCGGAAUACCUUUCAUGGAAAGUCUAUGUACAUGGGUAUCAUGUAUUCAACAAUAUCGCUGUGCAGAGUUGCAUCCCUUGGGCAUGCCAGAAACCUAGAUUGUGGGUUUCAAUCCUUGCUCGCCCUUUGUUUCAAGGUUUGUCAGUACCAUACUGUGCACUGUUAAGAUGAAAUGGCAAAUAGUUUUAGCUGUUGUAAAGGUGUGGUGGGAGGACCACGGGUGGCCCAGUCGUCUCAGGUGCCGUGAUUCGCUGUGCAGAGUUGCGUCCCUUGGGACUAUAAUUGUGGGUUCGAAUCCACUGAAGUGGUAAAGGUCUGAGACCUGCAUCACAUUGGCUAUCAUAUGUGUGGUCGAGAUUACCAUGGUAACGAAUAACAAACACAAUUCUUUCAGAGAAAAAUGUAUAGGAUUUUGUAUUCACAAUUUUGUAGAGAUAUUUAUUCUUAAUGCAUUGCAAUUGUUAGUAGGGUCAUAGUAUGUAUAGCUGUAGCUUUAAGCCUCAUGUAGCAGAAUACCUUUCAUGGAAAGUGUAUGCACAUGGGUAACAUGUUACAAUAGCACUGUGCAGAGUUUCAUCCCUUGGGCAUGCCAGAAACCUAGAUUGUGU